CCAGACAGAGAGCACAUAUUACACCAGUUUUAAGGUCUCUGCACUGUAAAACAUAAAGAAUGCUGCAGCACGAGUACUGACCAAGACCAGACAGAGAGCACACAUUACAAUGGUUUUAAGGUCACUGCACUGUAAAACAUACAGAAUGCUGCAGCACAGGUGCUGACCAAGACCAGACAGAGAGCACAUAUUACACCAGUUUUAAGGUCUCUGCACUGGCUGACUGUGUGUUUUAGAAUUCAUUUUAAGAUUCUAUUGGUUUUUAAAUCAAUCCAUGAUUGUGCACCGCAAUACAUGUCAGACAUGCUUUAAGUUCUGUACUCAGUAGGUCCCUCACUGGCCUUUUAACUAUCCCAAAGCCUAGGAUCAAGACGCAUGGAGAUGCAGGCUUUAGUUACUAUGCCCCCAGACUCUGGAAUAGCCUGCCAGAGAACCUAAGGGAGGGCAAAACAUGUCUUUUUAGCUUUGCUUUUCCUCAGGGUGCUUUUUAGUUGUUCAGUUUGUGUCACUCUUUUGUUUUUUAAUCUUAUGUUUGUUGUGUAGUAAAUAUUUAAGCUUUUAUUUAAUAGUUUUGUAUUUUCCUGUUAAGCACAUUGCAUGUCUGAAAUGUGCUGUAUAAAUAAAGCUUGAUUUGAUGGUACAUUACAGUAUGUCCUCAGGAUGGAUUCAGAAUGAAGAACAGUAAUAGACAGACAACACGUUGCUCUACGUGAUGUACUGUAGCUCCACUGAGAUGGUGGGUAGAAGGGAGUGAGAUAGGGAACAAAAGAGGAUGAGGACAUAUUUACAGUAAACAGAGUGGCGCUGUGCUGGGGGGAUAAAAACAAGAACAGGGACCCUACACGGACAUCAUUCACCUCCUGUUAUAUGGUUCCUCUCCCAGUCUCCACCUCUACUUGGUAUCAACUGAACAGAACACAGCAGCAUUUCUUUAGACUGAGAGCCCUCUUCAUCAAGAGGCAGCCUCAAGGAGAUAGUAUAAUUUAUUCCUUGUGAAUAAGUCUCAGUCUCACAGUGUGCAGUAGGGUUUUGUGUUGGCCCUAGGAGUGGCAAUAGACUACACACUAAGAGACACCAUCCAUCUGUUAACACCUACUAAUACAGUUCUAGAGUUUAUUAUUGGUUGAUCUCCAGAUGAAGACAUUCAUGGCUGGCUGCAGUCCCUCAACUAAUAAUGAAGAACUUAACUGGUCCUGUAAGACAGGGUCUGUUUGAUAGAUCAGAAGUUGGCUAGUUAGUCAAGAUGGAGUGAUUCCAGAAGUGAACAAAAGCCAUUAAAAUGGUAUGUGUGUCUGCUGUCUGCGCCUGUAUGUAUGUCUGUGCCUGUAUGCGUUUCUGCUUGUCUACGCCUGUAUGUGUGUCUGCUGUCUGCGCCUGUAUGUGUGUCUGCGCCUGUAUGCGUUUCUGCUUGUCUGCGCCUGUAUGCGUUUCUGCUUGUCUGCGCCUGUAUGUGUGUCUGUGCCUGUAUGCGUUUCUGCUUGUCUACGCCUGUAUGUGUGUCUGCUGUCUGCGCCUGUAUGUGUGUCUGCGCCUGUAUGUGUGUCUGCGCCUGUAUGUGUGUCUGCGCCUGUAUGUGUGUCUGCGCCUGUAUGUGUGUCUGCGCCUGUAUGUGUGUCUGCGCCUGUAUGUGUGUCUGCGCCUGUAUGUGUGUCUGCUGUCUGCGCCUGUAUGUAUGUCUGUGCCUGUAUGCGUUUCUGCUUGUCUACGCCUGUAUGUGUGUCUGCUGUCUGCGCCUGUAUGUGUGUCUGCGCCUGUAUGUGUGUCUGCGCCUGUAUGUGUGUCUGCUGUCUGCGCCUGUAUGUGUGUCUGCUGUCUGCGCCUGUAUGUGUGUCUGCGCCUGUAUGUGUGUCUGCGCCUGUAUGUGUGUCUGCGCCUGUAUGUGUGUCUGCGCCUGUAUGUGUGUCUGCGCCUGUAUGUGUGUCUGCUGUCUACGCCUGUAUGUGUGUCUGUGCCUGUAUGCGUUUCUGCUUGUCUACGCCUGUAUGUGUGUCUGCUGUCUGCGCCUGUAUGUGUGUCUGCUGUCUACGCCUGUAUGCGUGUCUGUGCCUGUAUGCGUUUCUGCUCGUCUACGCCUGUAUGUGUGUCUGCGCCUGUAUGCGUGUCUGCGCCUGUAUGCGUGUCUGCGCCUGUAUGCGUGUCUGCGCCUGUAUGCGUGUCUGCGACAGUAUGCGUGUCUGCGCCUGUAUGCGUGACAGGCGCCUGUAUGCGUGACAGGCGCCUGUAUGCGUGACAGGCGCCUGUAUGCGUGACAGGCGCGUCUGCUGUUUGCGCCUCCGUGUCUGCGGUCUGCGCCUGUAUGUGCGUCUGCGCCCUGUAUGUGCGUCUGCGCCUGUAUGUGCGUCUGCGCCUCCGUGUCUGCGGUCUACGCCUGUAUGCGCGUCUGCUGUCUACGCCUGUAUGCGCGUCUGCUGUCUACGCCUGUAUGUGUGUCUGCUGUCUACGCCUGUAUGUGUGUCUGCUGUCUACGCCUGUAUGUGUGUCUGCUGUCUACGCCUGUAUGUGUGUCUGCGCCUCUGUGUCUGCUGUCUACGCCUGUAUGUGUGUCUGCUGUCUGCGCCUGUAUGUGUGUCUGCUGUCUGCGCCUGUAUGUGUGUCUGCUGUCUGCGCCUGUAUGUGUGUCUGCGCCUCCGUGUCUGCUGUCUACACCUGUAUGUGUGUCUGCUGUCUACGCCUGUAUGUGCGUCUGCUCCUGUGUGUGCGUCUACUGUCCGUGUGUGUGUGCGUCUACAGUCCGUGUGUGUGUGCGUCUACUGUCCGUGUGUGUGUGUCUACUGUCCGUGUGUGUGUGUCUACUGUCCGUGAUCAUGUGUGAUCUCUGUGUGUACGUCUGUAUGUGUUAAUGUCAGCAGUCAAUUAGCUACCCUACGGUAAAGGCCCCCUGUUUCUCACGCUGUGGCUGGAAAACAGAUUGUUCCUAAAUGAGAACAAACGGCCUUCUCUCUCUCUCCCCAGAGCAAAGUAGGUGGGCAGCGGAAUGUGCUCUCCAGCUGAAAGGGGGGUUUCUGAGGCCCAAAGCCCAACUGCCGGUUCUCUUCAGCAGAGACACCCCACCCAGCCUAGGCAGACUGGCAUCCUCCAGGGAUCACACAUCUUUAGUCAUCCCCUUGGCACUGGCCCUUGGCCAGGGAGAGGCAAUACUCUCACUUUGUGGUGCCAGUGUUUGUGUGGAGGUGUUAUGGUCAGACAACUCAUCCCCACCCAGAAACAUAUUGGGUUGUUCCAACACUGGAGAGAGGCCAAACUAUAACCUGAUUCUUUCUGAUGAUAUCCAAGUAUGACAUAGUUCUCUUGUGUCAUCUAAACCGCCGAUCUUAACAGGGUCAUUAGCAUAAAUAAAUAGUGGGAAGUGAUGUAUAAGUGAGCACUGCCUCUGGCUACUCACUCUGGAGGAAAUAACCUGGGCCUAUUGAAUAAGAUCACAUUGAUGUCGGACUAUACUGCCCAUGUACACUCAAUGAUAAGCUGCACCAUUUUAAAAUGUAGAAUAGUUGAGAACCAGAUCAGAGAGAAAACUGAAACCCCAUCAAGGACACACACAGACAGGAAAUGUGUGGUUGGAAUGCUGUACGUGUAUUUGCACACGGCCCUUUAUCAAAACACAAUGAGCUGACACAGUCUCGAUGCAGAGGCCUUGUCGAAAGGAGAAUGUACCUUUCGCACUAUGGAAUUUCUGCUAUGCCAUAGCAGGGGUGCAACAAGCCUCGGGGUUUUGAACAGCUGGGUAGGGGGAGCAAUAGACCUGCUGCCUUGUACAAGGUGCCCCAACACUGCACUAUGAUGUCAUACCCCACUCCUGUCUGUUGACCGUCUACUCUGAACCCUAUGAGAGAUGGAAUCGUUGUGUACACAACCAUUUAAAAAUCGGUAUGAGGCUGGAAUGAAAUGUAGAAAACUCUUGGCAUCUACUUGGUCUGUAAGAACCACACUUAAAGCUGCACUAUACAGACACCGCUCCGACUAUUUCCUGGGUGAUACAAUUUAACUAGUUUGUUUAAUUUCAGUUUAAACUGCUGUGAAAAAUCACCCCAAAAAGCUACACAAUGCAGGUUUAAGAUAAUCUACACUUUCGCCUCUAUGACCAUUUCAACUCAGCAGUUUUACAUCACUUUGGCUUUUAGCUGUCGAGUUGAGUUAAAAUUCUGCACUUAUAUCCAGGUCACGGUUUCAAAGGUCAGUCGGUCAUGCAAUGAUAGUCACAAAAAUACUAUAGUCAGAUAAAUAAUUAAUCGUAAACGUCAGAAUCCAACCCAAUGUGUAUCACAGUUCAGAAUAACAUAACAUUUUGCUGCAGUAUGAACAGUGUGCAACAGAAUAGCAUCAAAAGUGUUGCUGCAGUAUGAACAGUGUGCAACAGAAUAGCAUCAAAAGUGUUGCUGCAGUAUGAACAGUGUGCAACAGAAUAGCAUCAUAAAGUGUUGCUGCAGUAUGAACAGUGUGCAACAGAAUAGCAUCAAAAGUGUUGCUGCAGUAUGAACAGUGUGCAACAGAAUAGCAUCAUAAAGUGUUGCUGAGGUAUGAACAGUGUGCAACAGAAUAGCAUCAAAAGUGUUGCUGCAGUAUGAACAGUGUGCAACAGAAUAGCAUCAUAAAGUGUUGCUGCAGUAUGAACAGUGUGCAACAGAAUAGCAUCAUAAAGUGUUGCUGCAGUAUGAACAGUGUGCAACAGAAUAGCAUCAUAAAGUGUUGCUGCAGUAUGAACAGUGUGCAACAGAAUAGCAUCAUAAAGUGUUGCUGCAGUAUGAACAGUGUGCAACAGAAUAGCAUCAUAAAGUGUUGCUGCAGUAUGAACAGUGUGCAACAGAAUAGCAUCAUAAAGUGUUGCUGCAGUAUGAACAGUGUGCAACAGAAUAGCAUCAAAAGUGUUGCUGCAGUAUGAACAGUGUGCAACAGAAUAGCAUCAAAAGUGUUGCUGCAGUAUGAACAGUGUGCAACAGAAUAGCAUCAUAAAGUGUUGCUGCAGUAUGAACAGUGUGCUAGAUUAUUUGUUUUAACAAUAACUUGUUGGCUUGUGACCAUUUUCUUUUUUUGCUACAUUUUGUAAUUCCUAGGAUACUUUAUGUCCGGGACCAGCAUGCUUUAUAAGGUCAACAGUGUUUGUCUUGGAAGACACGGGCAUAUUACAAAAGUACAUGCAAAAUUGCAGUGUAUUCAAUAAUGAGAGAGGGAGAGGGGGAAAAAGUCUCCUAGAGGGAGGAAGUGAACGAUCUAGCUAGAUCCUCAUAGAAUCUAUGAAGGUUCACCAUCAGGUUAGGUCAGAACCUAUUCUGUAAUAGAGGGCUCUGGAAUGGAUCAGACAGUUUUGGGAGUUCCACUACAAACUCCACAGGGUCCAGUUCCGGCUCACCGUCGGCACAGUGGCUCAUGGGUGGCCCACUGGCGGCCCGGAG